CUAAGAAAAACAAAAUGUCGGUGUGUUGUUGUGAUUAAAUGCUGGUAUAAUCCGAAUUAAACAGAACAUUUAACUUUCGUAUUAUUCUUGUUGCGAGCUACUGAAUAAAAUUAUACUAGAUCCGAAAGAUGUCUUCUCUACAAAAAUCUAUCAUGAAAAGCAAAUUGCCGCCCCGUGUACCGCGAUCAUCGGGAAUUGCAAAAUUAGCUCCGUUUGGCACUUCUCGUCGCAAAGACUAUUCUCCGGUCUCUUGGAAGCAGUACUUCGAUAAUAACGUAGACGUGGAAACUGAAGCUGGUACCUUCAGGGUGUAUAUGUCUCCUGAGCCUGACCAUCCAUCGCGUCCGAGGAUAUUCACUCUACACGGUGGUGGAUAUUCUGGUCUUAGCUGGUCUUUGUUUACUGAAGAGAUAACAAAUAUGAUUCACUGUCAGGUUGUAUCAAUGGAUAUAAGGGGGCACGGUGAGACUAAAGUAAUGGACCCAGAUGAUUUGAGUAUAGAGACAUUAGUUAGAGAUGUAGAACAGGUGAUACAAAAGUUAUAUGAUGAAGAGCCACCCCCUAUAAUACUGCUGGGUCACUCGAUGGGGGGUGCCAUUGCAGUCCGGGCUGCACACUCCCCCGUUAUUGAACCGUUUAUACAUGGCCUUGCUGUUAUUGAUGUUGUUGAAGGCACAGCUAUGGAGUCUUUGGCCAGUAUGCAAGGUUUUCUUAGAGGAAGGCCGACACACUUCAAAAGCAUUGAACAUGCUAUAGAGUGGUGCAUUCGAAGUGGACAAGUCAGGAAUUUAGAAUCAGCUAAAGUAUCAAUGCCCAGUCAGAUUCUGAAUGUUCAAACAGGUAAGUUAGCUAUAAACGAAGUGGAUACAUACAAGAAAGAAGAUGCACCUCGAGCCCCGGAGCCCACACGGCACGGACCUCAUGCUAAUUGCAUCACCGAGGAGAGUGAUGAAGAAAGUGAUACCAGUGAAGCGAGUGAGGCUAAACUAGCCAGAACUAACUCAUUGAAUGAAGACAAAUUAAUCAGAACUGACUCUAAAGAAGAUAUAGAAUGUUCUAGAAUGGAUUCUACAAGUAAAGACACGAAAUUGAUAAGAACAGAUUCGACUAACUCGGAGAAUGAAGACAGUGCACUAGUGAGACUGGACUCAAGUGAGGAUGCGGAAGCCAGUAAUUCGAAGCUAGUGAAAACAGACUCUACGGAGAAAGAUCAGAGCGCUACUUUUGCGGUUCCGAAUGCGGUCGGUGAUGGUGCUUCUAUGAAAUACAAAUGGCGUAUCGAGUUGUCGCGUACGGAGCGGCACUGGGAGGGCUGGUUCGGAGGACUGUCCUCCGCCUUCCUGCACACGCGCGCCCCGCGCCUGCUGCUGCUCGCCUCGGUCGAUGGACUGGACAGGGAACUGACUGUUGGACAGAUGCAGGGCAAGUUUCAAAUGCAAGUGUUAACGAGAUGCGGCCACGCCGUGCACGAAGACACGCCCGGAGAGGUUGCUAGAGUGGUCGCGUCGUUCAUUCUCCGACAUCGGCUGACGACGCCCACUGAGAAUGGGGAACAUAUGCACCUCGUCUCCGCACCUGGCUGUUGAAUUUAUACUACUUGUAUACAUGAAGUAUACAAUACGUCUUAUAUCGUAUAGUCGGAUUCAAUAGAAUUUAAGAUUUGUAUAAGAUGUAGUAUACAGGGUGAUUCUUUACAUACGGAUCAACGGUUUUGUUGUUAGCGGUCCAUAAUAGCUAUCGUUUAAGCGCAAAAAAUGGCUAACGGUACGAAAGGUCAAUUUGGCUUGUUAAAUAAAGAAAAUGACCAUUGUAAACACAUUAUUUAGGACGUAUGAUAAAUUUUUAGUAUAAUACAAAAAAUUAAGUAACUGAUACUAUGGAAUAUCGGACAUAUUUUGGCCUUAAACGAUAGCUCUUGAGGUCCCCUAACUCCACAAAACCGUUAAUCCAGCCGUUAAAAAUCAUCCUGUAUAUGUUUUAUACAUAUACAUAACGUCUUAUACAAAUUGUAUAAUCGAAUUCUAUGAGAUUCUAACACACCGAUCUAAACAAUUUUACCUUUACAAUUCUGGUAUUACCAACUUAUUAGAAACAAAUGUCUUUGUAUUAUCAAUUUAAACAUUUAAAAAAAAAAA